ACUCAAACUCAACUCGUAGUAGGUGCCAGUGUCGUGUACUACACAUUCGUUCUAUACUUUUCUUUCAUCAAAACAAUACGGAUUGUUGACCAUUCUAAAUUCUAAUCUCUACAAUAGAGACUUUAUUCUAUGAUUGUUUCAGUGUUGUGUAUGUUCUUGUAUUAAUUAUUGAGUAAUUAACAUAAAUUGUUUGCUUGUUUUUUAAAAUUGUUUUACCUAUUUAACAUUUUUAAAUAUCACUACAUCUAAAAAUUAAUUUGUUUUCUUUAAAUUUCUCGAGAUCAUUGUUCUGAAUGCGCCGUUAGUUAUGAUAGGGAAAUCGAAAUGGUAUUUAGUGUUUACAAUCUUAUUUUGGAGUCGCACGGAUGUUGAUGGUUAUCAACUAAUACUGAACAAUAACAGUCCUGUAACCACCGGUUCAACAGUCACCCUGAAUGCCACAGUUGUCGAUGACAAUGGUGUUUGUGCUAAGGGAAAUCUGUUGUUUUCCUAUGAAGAUGAUGCAUUUCCAAAGCAUAUAUUGGAGACAAAGAUAAAAAAUUGUGUGGCAAUAUUCUACAUAGCAUUUGAUACAACAACUGGACCUUCAAAUUAUAGAUAUAAAGUAGAAGUUAAACAGGAAUUACUUCCUUUCAUCUUUCAUCCAAUUACUAGUGGUCGUGGCCAGUUAAUUGUUACAGAAAAUUUGAAUGGUGUACUUCAACUAUUUCAAAAUAAUACAAAUAUUUCAAAAAAUUCUCCACGAACUAUUUAUGUGUCAACUAAUUUAGAAACUGUUCACCAAGUUGAAAUCAAUACCGCCGAUUUAGAUUAUCUUAAUAAAAGUGCCAAUUCAACCUCUGUUUACUGGUUUGUUGAUUGUAUCUACCAAGAAAAUACAACAAGUUAUACAUUUUCUAGUAAUUAUACUGAACCAGGCAUUCAGCAUGAAAUACUUGGCAUUGUAGUAGCCAAUAUUCCCUCAUCUAUACCUAUAACUACACCUACACCAAUAGUAUCUACUACCACAGUCAAUCCAAAUAAUUCUACUUCUACUAUUAAUUCUACUAUUGAUGCUACUAUAUCUACGCCUUCUACCACUAAAGCACCUUCUAAAACUGAUGUUAUAUUUUCUCAUCAUAUAAUCAAUUCGACUUUUACUUCAGACUGUGAACAAAAAAAUCAGUUUGAAUUAUUAUUAUCUGCAGUUUCUUUAAAAGAUCAACAAAAAUAUGGAUAUUUUAGUCGUUCUGUGCUUGCCAAAGAUCCAAUUGCAAAUGUUAAGACUCAAGGAAAAGUUUGGAUACAAGAAGGAGAAAUGUUAAAUCUUCUGGUAAACUGUAAUGGUAGUGGCCCCUUCCGCUAUUGUGCACAUUAUGUUCAAGGACCUUAUAAUGAAACUAGUAAUGAUUCUUGUAUACCGGACAGAAAUUUAGUGCAGUGUCAAAUGCAAUUUGUACAUUAUUUCCGUGAGCCUACCAAUUAUACACUAAUUGUAAAUUUGGCUAAUGAUGUUUCAAAAGUCGUAACACCUAUUGGAAUUAAUAUUUAUAAAGUACAAAAACAACCACAAAUAUCUGUCAUUGUUGUACCAGUAACUUUCAGUUCAAUUGCAGUAAUAAUUGUUGUGUUUGGAAUAGCUUAUUACUUUCAAAACAGAUCGAGGUAUAUGGUAGAAGUAGCAGAUUUUGAUUUUGCCAAUAACUCGGACAUGGAAUACAAAACAUUUAGAGAGCGGUUACGUGAUGCUAUAAGCCAAGCAAUUAACCGUACUCAAGAUUAUUCAGAGUAUGAUGGCAGUGAAGAACAAAUUGGUAAUUUGGCUACACCCCAAAAUCAAAAAUAUGGUAGUAUGCAAUGACCAAGCACUGUAGUCGGUCCAAACAGAUGUAAUGUCUAAAUGACUAUACAUUGGACUGGCAAAUAAAUAUAUUUUACAGUGUGAUUUUUUUGUUGCUGUUCCUUAAAAAAAAAAAAAAUAUGAUUAACAGAUAUAACUUUUUGGCAUUCCAAAUAUUUAAAUUUAAAUUUAUAAUGUAGAGUUUUUGUACACAGUAUAUUAUCAUGUUUAUGGAGACUUGUAUAUUAAUAUCAAUAAUCAUCACAUUUCAAUAAUUUAAACAAUUGGAGUCUUAGCAUUUAUCUAUGUUUAGAUUUUCAAUAGUAAAUAAGACUUAAGUUAUACAUGGAAUAACUACAAUAAUUUGUAUUUGAUUAUAAUACAUUUUUUUUAUUUAGCAUUUAAUUUUUAUUAUUGUACAAUUUUAGUAAUAAUCUUACCAAGUUUAAACAUUAUCUGUAUUCUUCUUGAAAUUCUUUUAAAUUACUCCAUGUAUUCCAUUAAUUUAUUUAGUUGUAAAUAAUGUAUAAGUAUUGUAAAUUAUUAUAUUUACAUUUUACUUCUCAACUUUCACUUUCAUCAUAAACUAGAACUCUUAUAAUACAUGUACACAGUAAACAACCGUGGUUUUUCCCAUUUUUUUUUUGUGUUAACCUUACAGUGAAAUGGAAACUCAGUAGCUCAUUUGUACAUAUUAAAAUAUUGUUAUUAAUUAAAGCCAAUUAAUCUUAAAUAUCGGAUGAUGGCAAUUGAUAUAUUAUUAUUUUAUUUAUUUGUAUUCAUAAUGUUUUAUACAACGAAUGAUAAAUAUAUAUACAGUAGGAUCUUGAUAAUCCAAACAUGGGUUAGUCCAAAUGGGCUUGAGAUUUAUUGCAUCACUAUAAUUAGAUAUAUAUUUUUUCGUAGACCUACACAAUAAUAAUAAUAUUGAUACAUGCGUUGACGUACAUUGCAUGCGUACGUCAUCUAGAUAUGAUCAUAGAUAAUUUGAACAAAUUAAUAAUGCGAAUAACUGCUUUCCCCAAUACCAUUCAGAUUUUUGAGACUACUGUAAAUAUAUAAAUAUAAUAAUUGUUAUUUUUUAAUUUAGUGGUUUACUUAAGUAACGUAUCUCGAGACAUUUUGAACUAAUGACAAUAUCUAAUAUCUAUGUGUUAUUAAAUUUAAACGUUUUUAAUCGUACAAAUUAUUUUUACCUCAAUACAUAAUAUUAUUAAAUUCAAUUUUUUUGUUCAUGUUCUUCGGUAUCACAAA